CGACAGCAGACCUCAGCAAUACCACAGACUGUAUUUCACCAUUAGCAAACUGUCGGUUUGAAAGGAGGAUAAAGGUCCGAAAAGUUGAGUAGGAAAUUCUUUUGUUAAAGCACCUUAGUGCUUUGCCAAUUUUCUAAAGUUAAGUAGCAGAAUAACGCUAAGUCUUGCAUUUUAAUGCCUUUGGAUAAGAAGAAGUUUGAAACAUUUGGUGAACAAUCUCACAAGCCUUUUGCUAGUGGAGCCUGGGACGAAGAUUAUGAGCUUGUAAGCUUAAAUUCUAGUCAAGAUGCCUUGAAUAGUUCAUUUUCAAAAUCUCUUGCUUUGGACUCCAAUCGAACUUCUUCUCCUUUAAGGAUAGAGUCCUUAAGCUCGUCAACAAUUAUGAUCAACACAAAGUUGAGGGAAUUUGAAAUAGGAGAAGGAAUUCCUGAGACGCAGGAAUCGACUCAAGUACCAAUUGAGACCAACGACUCCGAAGAAGUUACCAAUUCUAUUCCAGAUUCCAGUGAUGAAGCUUGUGAGGAGGAGAGGGAGGAGGAAGAAAUAGAAAGCAAAAACGAAGAAGAUGACAGUGUAUGGGAAUCCGACUAUUCUGAAGCUCCCACUGAACCUGCUCUUGCAGCUGUCGAGCCUCAUAGAGGAAAAGCAUUUAUGUCACCAAGCUCGUCCGGUACUUAUGAAAGUGAAGCAUUGGAAUAUAAUGUUCCUGCCAUCCCUGACCUUCGUUUCCAAAAUUCUUACUUGAAGUCACUUGAACAAGCAAAUGGCUCGGUCCCUCUUAUUUGCUGGAUUACUGUUCGUGAUCAGAUCCUUUUUCCUUUCCUUAGUGGAGGAAUGUGGAUUUUUGUCCGCCAUUUCUUGGGAUUUUCAAAAAUUCAAGACAAAGGAUUUCAUUUCGGUCAAUGGCUUCGCAGAUUAUUUGGUUUCUUUUUCUCGUCCCCUUCCAAGAAGUAGUGCUUGCUUUUAAAAUCGUUUUUUUUAUUUCUUCAUGAAGCGAUUUUUUUUUUUGCGUGCCUUAAUUCUAAUAACAUUCUUCUGUAUGUGCUUCAGUGAAGCCAAAUGACAACUAGCGAUUUUUUACUCUCUGUCGACUUUAUCAAUAAGAAGGAACAUAUCAUUAAUUACUUUUUAUAUUUUGUCAUGACGAUUAACGGUUUACUUAAUUUAUAAUUUGCCUUUUACUUGGAAUGACAAGUUUGUGAUGAACUUGGGCAAGCAUGAAAGAUUAAAUAAUUCAUUUAAAUCAAUGAUGAAUAGUAACUAUGAACAGAUAAUAAUAUAAAAGAAAGAAAAGAAACCAUUCGGGUAUGCGUUAGUUUUAGUUUAGGAAAGGAUUGCAGAAAAUAUUUUAGAAUACAA